AGAACUGUACCAGGAGUAUUCUUAUUUUUUUUGUUUAUGGAAACCCUUGUGACAGAAGACAGGGGAGAAAUACAACGAACCUUGUUGUGCCAAGGCCCCGUACAAAUCACAAGAGGAAGAAAAAGGAAGAAAAGACAUCUAUCCUUAUUUAAUGAUGUUUUGGUUGUAUCUAGUAACCUGACUAAGAAAAAGUUUAAGAUAAAAUGUAUUAUUCCAUUGAAUUACCUAUGGGUUAUGGAUGGUGAGGACCUCAGUAUAGAAGAAAUCGAUACUUGCAAGACCCUUUUCUUGUUUUGGCCCACUGGAAACUUUUUGGCCACCUUUCGUUCGAAAGAACAGAAAGAUCAAUGGCACUAUUUUCUCAAAAGGUAUUUUACUUGUGAUUAUAGUUUAAUUCCUUCCUGAUAUGGGAAUUGAAGUCUGUGCUUCAUUUCUUUCUUAAAAAUAUAUUUGGUAGACUGUCUUCAAA